AUGAUUAGUCUGGCUGUUUGGAAUGUUAGGGGCUUGAACCGGCCUCUUAAACAGAAUGAGGUUCGUCAGGUUGUUAAAAACAAUAAGCUUAGUUUGUGUGCUAUUUUAGAAUCUCAUGUCGACAUGGAUAAUCUUCGUAAAGUCUGUAAUGUUGUCUUUAGAAGGUGGGACUGGAUUUCUAAUGGGAGUUGUUGUAAUAAGGGUGCUCGUAUUAUCUUGGGUUGGGAUCCGGUGGAGGUGGAUGUUAUGGUUCUUGCUCAGUCGGCUCAAGUUUUACACGUCCAAAUUAAUUGUAAAGACAAUAAGAGAAUUUUUUUCUGUUCGCUGGUUUAUGCAGCAAAUUAUUAUGUUCACCGUCAAGAACUUUGGCAGAAUCUUCGUGUGCACAAGGCUUUCAUUCAUGACAAACCAUGGGUCAUAAUGGGAGACUUCAAUUCUGCACUCAAUCUUGAAGAUAGGUCGAUUGGUAGCUCCUCUGUCUCUCCUGGUAUGCGUGAUUUCAAUAACUGUGUUAAGGAUAUUGAGGUUUUUGAUAUUAAGCGAACGGGUUUUCAAUACACAUGGACUCAAAAACCUAAAAAGGGUGUCGGGUUACUAAAGAAGAUUGAUAGAAUUAUGGGUAAUGUUCCUUUCGUUUCUUCUUUUCCCCAAUCGGUUGCUGAAUUUAAGCCUUAUGGAGUUUCGGACCUUUGUCCGUGUGUUUUGAAAUUGUUCUCGGCUGAGAAGCCCAAACCGAGACCUUUCAAGUUCGCAAACUUUUUGGUGCACAAACAAGGAUUUUUAGAUAUUGUUAUGGCGAAGUGGAAUAUCAACGUUGAUGGGGUUCACCAGUUCCGAGUUGUUAAGAAACUGUCUCUUAUGAAGUCUUCUCUUCGUGCUCUUUUAUAUAAGCAAGGGAACCUACAUGAAAAGGUUGUGAAUGCUAGAGGUAAGCUUGAGGAUAUCCAGCGUGCUAUAGACAAGGACCCGGUAAAUGAGUCGUUACGUUCUCAAGAGGCUUCGGUGCUUCGUGUGAUGAGGAGAGGUUCCUAA